AUGUCAUUAAAUUCUAACUCAUCUGCAUCGUAACGAAAACCAUGGACACCUAGUGAAGAUAGGUUGCUGACUGAACUCAAAAGAAACAAAGACUAUGAUUGGAUUGAAGUUGCCAGGAGAAUUGAAGGCCGUAAUCCAUCUUAAUGUUCUCAAAGAUGGAAGCGUAUCAAAGGUUUCAAGCUUCGAAGAACUUGGACUAAAGAAGAGGAUACUAAAUUGCUUGAAUUAGUUAAUGCCCAUGGCCUUAAUUGGUGUUUGAUAAGUACUUUUUUUGAAAACAGAUCUGGGAAAUAGGUUAGAGAACAUUAUCUUAACUAAUUGGAUCCAUAAAUCAACACUUCCCCUUGGAGUAUGGAAGAAGAUAAAAAGAUUGUUGAACUUUAUCAAUCUAUAGGGGGGAAGUGGAGUGUAAUUACUAAAGCACUCAACUAAAGAUCUGAGAAUAGUGUUAAAAAUAGAUUCUAUUCAUGCCUCAGACACAAAUAUCUCAACAUAAAAAAUCCAUACUAUAUAGUGCCUGAGAAAAAAUAAAAGUUGAAUGAAGAAGAGAGUUAGCAGAAUCAAGAUGUUUAAGAGCAAUAAAAUAUUCCUGCGAUUCAGCAACCAAUUUAACAAUCAUUAGUUUAAUAAGCACCUACUUAUGUUCAACUUUAUUAGAAUUGCCUCUAUCAGAUUCCAAUCUAUGUCCCUUCACCAAUGUUACUGCCAGUUUAUAUUUAUCCAUCAUAAUUUCAACUCGACAAUCAACAAUGA